CACACUAAUAUCUGAAACAUCACGCGGUGGCGGCAAUCCUAUCAGUUUCACACAUUGGAUUUUACCUUUCAACACUCCAUCAUGAUUUCCAGUGAAGGUGGUCACUCUGACAACACGAGCAGCCAUAGCGCGAAUAUGAAAUCACCGGAAGAGCCACCGAUCAUUCCAUCAACGCUUUUCGAUCUUGAAGCUCUAGAGCGCGACGGACAAGAGCUAGAAUAUCACCGCGAGAUUUCCCUAGUUACUCUCAAACGAGAUGCCUCGGCCAUUCAACCGACACCCUAUUUCGGCAUAGUCAAUGAAAACAAUCCGAUAGAUACCAGCAGCAAUGUUUGCUAUUCGACAGUAGCACUUCGCAAAGCUCUUCGUGUAGUAGAUAGCAAGGGCCCUCUUCAUCUCCAAAACGACCACGAAGCCACCUUGGCGGAAACGAAAAUUCCCAAGUCCAACAAAUCGGAUUAUGUUUCUGUCUCUACGGCUUCUACGACGUGUUCCAUAUCGGGAGAAAGUACUUAUGAAGACGAGAGCGAUACAGAACAAGAUGAAGAAGAGGUUCCUAUAACGAGUUCUCCCCCGGAUGCUCUCUUUAUAGUGCAGGGGGCAGAGUUUCCCUGUCACACAAAGAUGCUUUUGAAGGAAUCCCGACCUCUCUUGGACAUUUUGUCGAGGGAUGGAAGCUUGGAACGGAAGGUCAAGAAACGACGAACCGGAUCCCAAAAUCCAGCUCACGACCAAGACCAACGACAAGACCAAACGCAACUAGCUUGGUCAUCACCAUCUGGAAUAACUGUGGUCAGGCUGCCGAACGACAUAAAUUCCUCUUACUUUCAAGUGAUAAUGGAAUACUUGUACACGAAGGAAAUUAAGCUGGGAAUACACGACGAACAGAUCGGAGGCGAGAACGUUGAAGAUGCAUGGUUGGUGGACGGUGAAAACGUCCUGGAAGGAACCCGGCUGGUCUUUGAUUCUGACGAAGAAACCGAGUUAUCGGAGUGUUUCGAUGAUGUUUUUGUUUCGGGAGACCCUAUUUUCACGACAAGGCAAGACACGCCGCAAUCCGAAGAUUCUUUGAUGAACAAUCUUCAGGGGGUAUUUCUGCUCGCGGAGCAGUUCGGUUGUGUCUCUGCUAAACAAGCCAUCGAAGCAAAGCUUUACGAUGAAUGCUUGUUCGCGUUCACGGCAGAAGAACUUCUGAAGUGGGCCGACGAACACAACUGUGCGUUUCUCAAAGAAAAAGCUAUGGACAAACUCAUUGCUGUGUCAUUGAAGAAGAGCGAAGAUCAAAGUGGCUGCAAGCUUUCUCGCGCUUCUAGCAGUGCAGACUGGAAACGACUACAAAACGAACUUUUUCUCUACGAGAAAGAGGGCUGCCACAAGAUUCACUACAAUGAAUCACCCGACAACUUAGAAUCCAGCAACAAUGCCAAUGGUGGCAAAUUCUACUAUAAGGUUGAAUAUCUUAGACAUCGACUAUCGGACAUGGGGUUGGAUUCGGAUGGAUCUCGUCAAUCACUUGAGGAACGGUUGGAGCCCCACCUCGAUAGUCGUUCGAGAUCAUUCCUACCCACCAAGCUCACCAGGAUAUAGGACAGGAAGGCAACUGGUCAUUACAACGCGAACGCGAAGAACCUCAACAGGGAUAUAUAUACUGGGGUUGUGCCUGUCUGCAGCUUCCUCGUAGCGAUAAUCGAACCAAUAAACGCUGUUACUACCUUUUAUUUUUUUACUUAUUUUACUUUCUUCCGAUACGAAAGCCUGUAAUCCUACAGUACAAGUGCUAUCACAUACUCUAUAAUAUCACUAGUCACUAUGUAUUAAUACUUGUACCUGUUUGAAGGACGUGGUGAACGGUUUAAUCAAGUUGUCUGGGUUAA